CCCUCUCCCUCCCCAGAAACAUCCCCACCCAAAAUUGGCAGCUUGGGCCCUAACAGUUGGAAGAGCCACCCCUCCCUCUCUCCAGGGCUCUGUACACAUAUGAGGAUGGCUCAGAUGACCUCAAGCUCGCAGCAUCAGGAGAAGGGGGCUUACAGGAGCUCUCCGGCCACUUCGAGAACCAGAAGGUGAUGUACGGCUUCUGCAGCGUCAAGGACUCCCAGGCUGCUCUGCCUAAAUACGUGCUCAUCAACUGGGUUGGUGAAGACGUGCCUGAUGCCCGCAAGUGUGCUUGUGCCAGCCAUGUGGCUAAGGUGGCUGAGUUCUUUCAGGGCGUCGAUGUAAUCGUGAAUGCCAGCAGUGUGGAAGACAUUGAUGCCGGUGCCAUCGGGCAACGGCUCUCCAACGGGCUGGCGCGGCUCUCCAGCCCCGUGCUGCACCGGCUGCGGCUGCGGGAGGAUGAGAAUGCCGAGCCUGUGGGCACCACCUACCAGAAGACUGACGCGGCUGUGGAGAUGAAGCGGAUUAACCGUGAGCAGUUCUGGGAGCAGGCCAAGAAGGAGGAGGAGCUGAGGAAGGAGGAGGAACGGAAGAAGGCCCUGGAUGAGAGACUCAGGUUUGAGCAAGAGCGGAUGGAGCAGGAGCGGCAGGAGCAGGAGGAGCGUGAGCGGCGCUACCGGGAGCGAGAACAACAGAUCGAGGAACACAGGAGGAAACAGCAGACUUUAGAAGCUGAAGAGGCCAAGAGGCGGUUGAAGGAGCAGUCUAUCUUCGGUGACCAGCAGGAUGCAGAAGAAGAGACCCAGAUGAAGAAGUCAGAAUCGGAGGUAGAGGAGGCAGCGGCCAUCAUUGCCCAGCGGCCUGACAACCCACGGGAGUUUUUCAAGCAGCAGGAACGAGUUGCAUCAGCCUCUGUAGGCAGCUGUGAUGUGCCCUCACCCUUCAACCACCGACCAGGCAGCCACCUGGACAGCCACCGGAGAAUGGCGCCCACUCCCAUCCCUGCCCGGAGCCCAUCUGACUACUCCAGCACAGCCUCCACCCCUGUCUCUGAGCAGAUCGAGCGGGCCCUGGAUGAGGUCACGUCCUCGCAGCCUCCACCACUGCCACCGCCACCCCCACCAGCCCAAGAGACCCAGGAGCCCAGCCCCAGCCUGGACAGUGAAGAGAUCAGCAAGGAGGCCAGAGCAGCAACCCCUCAGGCCUGGGCCAGUCCCUUGGAGGAGACCCCUCAGGCUCGGGAGCCUGCCCAAGGGCAAGCCAGCCCCACAGAGGACUUGAUGUUCAUGGAGUCUCCAGAGCAGGCUGUCCUGGCUGCCCCUGUGGAGUCUGCCACAGCUGACACCACUGCAGCCGACACCUCAGUAGCUGAUGCUGAUGCAGCUGACACCACUGAAACCACCGCUGCCACUGCUGACACCACCAUUGCCAACAACAUCACCCCUGCUGCUGCCAGCCUUAUUGACCUAUGGCCUGGCAAUGGGGAAGGGGUCUCUGCACCCCAGGCUGAGCCCAGGGCCCCACCACCACCCUCAGGUGCUGAAGUCACUCUGGCGGAAGUGCCCCUGCUGGACGAGGUGGCUCAGGAGCCACUGCUGCCAGUGGGCGAAGGCUGUGCCAACCUUCUCAAUUUUGAUGAGCUGCCUGAGCCGCCAGCUACCUUCUGUGACCCAGAGGAGGAAGUAGUAGGGGAGCCCCUGGCUAUCCCCCAGGCCCCAAUUCUGCCUUCAGCUCUAGAGAACCUGGAGCAGGAGCAGGAGCCAGAACCAGAGCCAGAGCCUCACCUGCUGACCAAUGGCGAAACCAUCCAGAAGGAGGGGACACAGGCCAGUGAGGGGUACUUCAGUCAAUCACAGGAGGAGGAGUUUGCCCAAUCGGAAGAGCUGUGUGCAAAGGCUCCACCUCCUGUGUUCUACAACAAGCCUCCAGAAAUCGACAUCACCUGUUGGGAUGCAGACCCAGCACCAGAAGAGGAGGAGGGCUUUGAGGGUGGCGAUUAGUGGUGGUGCCCACCCUCAGGCUGCCCUCGCCAAGGCUGCCCACCCUUGCCAGCCUUUGGUCAGACGGCUCGCGGCCCGCCGCGCCUGCAUUUGCAGCAGCUCCGCCUGGCACCCACUCGGAUUCUGGCCCUGGCCAGGGACUUGGCCGCUUCCUUACCCACAGGGCCUGACUUUUACAGCUUUUCUCUCUCUUUUUUUUUUAAAGUUGAUAGGAGACUUGUACAGUUGACUGGUUUUCCUCCCGUUGGUAGUUGAGACGCUGUUGCAAAUUCCACUCCCUCUCCACCAGUCCAGAUUGUAGCUCUUAGUCUUCCCUGCUCAGCUGGCCGGGGUGGAGGCCUCACCCUGCUUGGGGCCUGGCGUGGGGGGAGCUCUGGUGGGAAAAUGUCCCCCACCUUUUUUCCUAGUUUUAUGUUUUCUUGGAAAAAUAUCACUUUGUAUUCUCUGUCCAGGGCUUCAGAUAUUUUGCACGAAUUUUAAAACAUGGCAAUAAAUGGCUCGUGGGCUCUGGCUCCCUGGGACCCCCUCCCUGCCCUUCUCUUGACCCCUCCCUGCCUGGCCCAAAGGAAGUAGCAGGCCCAGCUGGGGCCCCUCGGCUUCCCCGCCCUCUCCUGCCGGGCAGGUCCCAGGCUGGAGGCCCUAGGCGUGAUUCAGGUCAGGGCUAUGGAUGGGGCCCAGGAGCUUGGGUGGCCCCUCCCCAACUCCUUUCUCUUUGCUUGGGUUCCUUUUUCACAUUCAGUAACUGGUUUUUUGGAAAGCACAAACUUCUGUAACGGGUCGUGCUCAUGUCUGUUAAUAAAGAAAUCCAGAUCCCUUCA